CAUUUUUUCUGUAAACAAAUGGGAAAAAUCGCAUAUUUAUCUUAGUAAUUAGCAGUACUGUGUUGUUUUAGUUUUCGAGGAAAACAUAAACUGAUUGUAGAUGAAGGAUUUAUAAUUUUUUUUAUUUUACUAUUUCAUUUCUUUAAAUAUGACUUCUGAAAACGUUCUUUUUGAAAUUGUCAUAGGAACGUACGAGAAAUUUCUUCUUGGUUACGGUGUUGAAAUACAAUCUGAUGCAUUCAUCAUGAAGCCGAGCUUUUCAGUUGAAGCUCAUCAUCAAACAGUGAAAUGUAUCGCUUCUUCAGCAAAAUAUCUUGCAUCUGGAAGUACUGAUGAGACCAUACAGCUGUUUAAUAUGAAUACUAGGAAGGAAAUGGGAGCUCUUUUGCACCAUAACGGUUCUGUAACAAGUUUAACAUUUCAUGGUUCUUAUCUAAUAAGUUGCAGUGAAGACAACACAAUAUGUUUGUGGUCUACAAAUAAUUGGGAAUGUCUAAAGACCUUACAAGGACACAAAAGUGGUGUAAAUUGCAUUUCAGUUCAUCCUAGUGGAAAAAUGGCCCUGUCAGUUUCAAAAGAUAAAACACUUAGAACAUGGAAUCUUAUUAAAGGACGAUCUGCAUAUGUUACUAAUAUUAAAAAAGAUGCUGAAUUGGUUCAGUGGUCUCCUGAUGGUUCUUUUUUUCUAAUAAGCCAUCGUAAUAUUGUUGAAAUAUUUUCAGUCGAAAAUGCUGCAGUUCUUCAUACAAUCGAUUUUCAGCACAAGAUCUGUGAUAUUACAUUUUUAAAUGAUGAUGUGUUUGCAGUUGCAGGAGAACAGGACGAAGUGCAUUUGUUUAGUGUGAAAUCUGGGAGUUUAUGUAAUACCAUCAAGGCAAAAACAAAUAGAAUAAAGGCUGUUAAAGCAGUGAAAGUCAAUGAAGAAAGUUUUUUGGUUACUGCUUCAAGUGAAGGACACAUUAAAGUCUGGCAUAUUGAUGAUUCAAAGCCGGAAUGGAAGAUUCAUAAAGUAGGAAAAGUGAGCACUGGUUGCAGACCUACUUGUAUGACAAUUAUUGUAAAGACUUCAGAAUAAAUGCUCUUUUUGCUAAAGUCUCUGAUAAAACUUGGAGAUUGAUGGAAGGACUUCAAUUACUUACCUGUAAAUGACAUGAAACAUUUAUUUGUAAAUAAAGAAAAAAAAAUGCUUCAUA